CGCUGGAAUUAUAUUCCAUCAGUGCUCCUGUUGAGAGCUUGAUCAACAAUCAAGUUAGAUCCUCCCAAAACAUACGAAAUUCAUCACAUCACAAAAAUACCCAACAAAAUUCGUAGAACCCUACUGCUGCAACACGUUUUUCAUCGCUGCGACUUCGUUCACUAUUGGAUCGGGCUGAAAUUUUUGCAGCAUGUUCGUGACUUCUGGGACUCCAAUCUGAACAGUUGGAUCGGUGAGAAGAUGUCUACAGUGGAAGAAAUCGAUCUCGCACAGCAGCAGCAAAAAUCUGCUGCAACAUCGCCCGACCGGAAGUGACGCUCCUGUGGACAAGCCGAAGGUGAAGAAACAUGGUCGGGGCCUUAAGGCUAAAGCACACGCUGCCGGAAAUCAUAGAAUCCGAAUGAAUUUGAUCCUAUCUCUCCUGCAACGACAGCGACGAGAUUCCACAUGUCUCCCAAGCCUUCGAUAGCAGCAGUCUUUUUCCAAGUGCUGUGAAAUUCCAUGAGCAGCUUAUUGGGUUGUAAUCCAUUCAAUCAAUCCACGGCCAGACAUGAUCACCCAUAUCAAAAGCUAAGUAUUCUAGUUGUAGCUUUAAUUAUCAUACGUUACGAUUAUAUUCCAAGAUCAAAUUUGGUCAAAAGACAUUACAAAAUUAUCAAAAUCAUGAUAAAAAAUAUAAUUAUUAUAGUAUCACUUUGAUCUCGGGGGCUAGUCAUCCCGAAUAUCAAAUUCAAACUACACAGCCCGAGCAACGAGUUAAGCUAUGUCAUUAUUAUUUUUUAUUAUUGAUUGAUGUGCAUUUUUUGACAUUGAAGAACGGACUUAUGAACACUCAAAUACGCCUGACCGAGUACUAACACUCAAAAGCAAAAAAAAAAGAGUACUAACACUCGCACUACCAGAUCACAUUAGACGAGUGUUAUUUAUAAGCUCGCGGUCUAAAUGUCAUAUACUGCAUACUUUCGUUCAAGUUUUACACGCCUGCCGGGAUAGGUACUGUAAGAGGGGAUAAAAAAAGGGCUAGAAGUUGCUACGUGAGAGCUUGUAAAGCUCAUAGAAGGAAUGAAGUCAGUAUGAAUGCCAUCGAGCAGGACUUGUCGAAGUUUGAGGGCAGUUCAAAGCUCAGCCUGCUUCAGAGCUCGAGGAGGUUGGAGUUGAUCCGUCCCAACCUGAAGUUCGGGUUAAAAUCGGUGCAGGACUCCAGGAUAUGGAACCCCCAGAAGCGUCAAAGAAGUCCAUAUUCUGACUGGAAGGCUAACAGCCCGGGAGAGAUUGUGUCCAGAUCGGCGAACAAGGCCCUACCAUUUUCCAAAUCCUGAAGAAGAGCAACGGGUUCCAAUGGACUCUAGAGUGCCAAGCUGCAUGUGAACAUCUCAAGAAAUAUCUACAAUCAAAUCUAUUGCUUAGCAAACAUGAGGCUGGCAAAACCCUCAUUCUCUAUUUAGGGGUCACUCAAAGUGCAGUCAGCUCCGUAUUAGUGCGCAAGGAGGAAACCACGCAGAGGCUGGUCUGCCACAUCAGCAAGAUCCUCCACGAGGCUGAGCUCAAAUAUCCAGCCCUGGAGAAGACCGCCCCGCCCUUGCAGUAUAUGUAGCGGCCAAGAAACUGACAUAUUACUUCCAGGCUCAUCAAUCCCAUCAAUGUGCCGUCAGACCUGGGAGUUGGAACUUUGUUCAGAACGGUCAAGACCGUGAGAGUUGUGAAGUGGUCCCUGCUAAUCAGCCAAUAUCAAGGUUUAAGGGUUGCGGAGAAGGGGUGGCCCUCAUCACCCCUGAAGGCUUCAAGACUUAUCAUGCACUCAGAUAUAAGUUCAGCUUAUCCAAUAACGAAGCUGAGUACGAGGCCCUACUGUCAGGCCUCAGGAUGGCAAUUCACUUCAAGAUCCAGAAACUGAUGAUCAAAAGUGACUCUAAGUUGGUAAUCAAACAACUUAGAGGGGAAUACGGAGCCAAAUAAGAACGAAUGCAGAAAUACAGGGAUACAACCCUGUAACUUAUUACACAGUUCGCGAAGUCAGAUUUGAUGUGUGUUCCACAAGCCCAAAACAUUGAGGCAGAUAUCUUAUCGAAAUUGACAACAGAUGCACCUGAACAUCUCAUGCGCAUAGCUCGGAUAUAAGGGCUGAAUAAGCCUAGCAUCGAAGUCACAAAAGAUCUCGAGGUCUUCCCUAUCGGACAGGCUCAAAAAUCCUGGCGGGAAGAACUAAAAGAGUACAAGGAGAUUGGAACACUGCCUUCAAACGAAGAGAGAGCAAGGCUAAUCAAAAGAUAGGCUCCGAACUAUGUCAUUGAGAAUGACAAACUUUACAAAAGAAGCUACAAUGGCGUGUUACUCAAAUGCUUAAGGCAAGAACAAGCUCAGCAAGUGAUCAAGGAGUUGCACGAAAGGACUUGCUCCUCACACCAAGUGUGAGACCUGCCAGAAGUUCUAAACAAAUCCUGGCAGGCCUGCUACGCUUUACCAUCCCAUCAGCACUGUGAUUCCCUUCUCCAUGUGGGGAAUAGAUCUCGUCGAGCCGUUCCCUCCAGGCUCAGGAGGUCGGAAGUUUGUUAUAGUCGCCAUUGAUUACUUUACUAAGUGGGAACAACUUGGGUGGACGAGCUCAUCAAUGCGUGGAAUCCCGAACACUUGAUGAAAUUCUACCAGUAAGUAUGUAGUUCUGUUUCAUUCUAAUACAAUUUGUUUUCUUUCACGAAAGUCCUUAUAAAAUUGCGAAGGUUUCUUAACCAGCCAAAUCGGUACUCGCAAAAAGCCAAAGUACAAAUUCCAGACUCAUCCAAAUUCUGAAGCUCAACUUUGUCUUAUCAAAAGACGAGAGCAGGAAUACAAGAUCUUUUUCAAUAUCAAACAGCCUUAUAAACAAAAUCAAAUUUCCUCAAACAGGAAAAGAUGGCCUUUCUCAAGGCCAAGCCUGAUUUACAAAGGCUAAAGGAUGAACUAAGGGAGUUAACUUUGCACUGGAGAGGCCACCAAGCCUUGCCAAUUAAAGAGGUUCAUCACAAGGCUUAACUGACCUAAGGUGAAGAACCCACCCUAUUUCGGUUCGGAAAAUAAGAACUUAGGGUUAAAAUUGGUAAAGCUCUCCGACAUCGGUUCAGAAAUUAAGAACCCAAGGAAAGCGACCUUGACCGGAAAAUCAGGGCCGAGACUAUAAGGACAAAAGUGAUUGAAAAUAAACUGGUUGGUCUAGCAAACGUGGUCAGACCUGGAGGUCAACCCAGAGCUCCCAGAUCAUACCGGUCCAAGUUCAAGAGGUCAGUUUCCCAAAGAAAUCAGAAAUUCCCAAAGGAAGAAGCCAGCCUAAAUCAGGACUGGACUGCCUCAAAUGUGCCUAAGCAUAUCAGGCAGAUCAGGUAAUCAACACCGAAGAAGCAGACAAAGCUGGCAUGAAGAUGGUGCCGCAGACAGAACACAUCAGAAGUAUCAGGCGGUCAUUGCAGCUAAAUACAUCGGCCGAUGGGUCCACCCUUUUGCUUCAUUUUGGGGGCAUCCAGUGUACUCUUUUUCCCUCGCUAGGAUUUUUUCCCAAUGGGUUUUUUCCUAGUGAGGUUUUUAACGAGGCAUCUCCCCAUAUGAACAAAAGGUGACGCCCCUCGACCCCUGGAGGAGUUAUUACAAGGCAAUCACUACUCUACUUCUCUCAAUGUCACCACGCCCACCUCAAAGAAUGAAGAAUUUCAAGAAUGAGAAAGGAAUCAAAUUACUCCUCUAAAAUCCAGCCCUGCUGAUUUUAAGGAGUAGGGGGCUCGUGAUGGUACCAUGGACUCUGACCAUGGCCCAGUUACAUAACCCAGCCCAUAACGGGAUCAGCCCUCUACGGGAUUAGCCUAAUUAACAGGAUUAGCCCAUCAGCGGGAUCAGCCCAUAAACGGGAUCAGCCCAUAAACGGGGUCAGCCCAUCAAUCGGGAUCAAAGAUAAUAAUCCGCUGAGCCUAAUUGGGAAUCAGGCCCACGACAGGAACCCAUAGCCAGGUCGGGCUGGACAGCAGACCUCGAGCCCGGAGCAGGCCUCGAGCCCGGAGCAGAUCUCGAGCCCGGAGCCGACCUCGAGGCUGGGCAAGCAGGCCUCGAGCUUUGGCAGAGUUCUAGUGAGGCCGGGAUAUUCCUAAGGUUUACGUAGCAAGCAGGACUCGUCCGGAGUUUGGAAACAAGAAGGAGACAACUAAUGCUUAACGACCAAGGCAUGAGAGGAGUUCUAUUCCGAGCAAGAAUAUAGUUCAUUAAUUAGCAUUUAUUGUAUUAGAUUCCUCCUAAAAUAUCAACUCCUAAAACCUAUAAAUACUCAUGUACAUAUCUUGUAAAAGGGGUCUCUCUCGAGAUGAAUAAUACUCUUAUUACUUUCUCACGAUCAAUGAAUAUUUGAUUGAUUAAGCUCUUUUCGUUGGAAUUAUAUUCCAUCAAUAAAAAAAUAUAAAUAAUAUAAUAUAUGUAUUUAUAGGUAGAUAAUUAAUAUGCAUUUAUAGUUUUUUUUACCCCCACCCCCCACCCACCCCCCAAAAGCCUGGGACCCCCCUUCCCCACACCCAACGGCUAUAUAGCCGUUUGGGAGCCUUGCCCAAUGGUUAGGGAGGUGUUUGGCUAGUUUUCAAAUAAAAAUAAAAAUCUGACCGUUAGGCCCGAACCAGGCCGGGCCGGGUCACCAUUCCCUAAACCCGAGCCCGCCCCCGUUGAACCAACCGGUUCGGGUCAAUACUCGGUACUGGGACCGAAGGACUGGUUCGGGCCCGCACAGUAGCGGGCCGGGCCGGUUCACGGGUCGGGCGGCCCGAACCGAGUCCACCACUAGUCCCAGCUGUCCUUUUUUUACUUGCUCUCUUUGUCGUGCCUUCAUAAGUGAAUGGAAAUAUAUCAAAAUUUCUAUCGCAUAAUACCUCCCUAAGUUACCUGUACCAAGCCUACUUAGUGCAACAAUGAACAUGACUUUUGGUAACUGAGACAACUUACUUGAUAUUUUGAUACUAGUUUUGAUGAAUUAUUAAGUCAAAUAGUUGGUAUUAUUGAAUAUUCUUUUCAAAGUAUGUAUUGUUUUUGGUGUAUAGGUGAUAAUUAGGACUAGAUUUCUAGUAUGAAAUAGCUUUGUAUCAGUUGUAUUAUUAAGUCAAAUAGUUGGUAUUAUCGAAUGUUAUUUUCAAAGUAUGUAUUGUUUUUGGUGUAUAGGUGAUAAUUAGGACGACCUCCUUCCCACUAACAUGGGGACAUAAGGAGGUGAUGCCGUUAGUAAGAAAAGUAGGUUUAUGAUCGAUAAUUAAUUGAUAAAAUAAGAAUAAAGUAAGAAUGAUUUAGAGCAACACAAACUUUACCAAAUUUGGUAUGAGACAAUCUUAGUGAGAUGGACGAAAAAGAAAAUAUGUGACAAUAUUAGCGGGACAGAGAAAGUAUUAUUUAAAAAGGGGAAAUACUAUUCAUAGCCAUAAAUUGCUAUUUACAACCAUUAAUUUUUUUUUGAAUGAAUUCGGCUUUAUUAAUAACCAAUAAUUUUCAGAGUAUGGGUCAAAAGACAGAAAGAAAUCUGACAACCGUUAUCCCUCGAACCAGACUCGGAAUUAAUCGCCGCAGCAAUAAAAUUCGAUGAUCCAUAAUUGGGAAACAAACAGCCAGAAACGGUCACCCUAUUCCUCUCAAUCCCCAUAUCCAAAAUCAACGUCUUACAAACAGGAACAAUAAAGAAAAAACAAAUAACACAAUGGGCAUAAAAAUUACUGGAAAAACAAACGAGACAAAUAAAAUAAAUCUUCUUCAUAACCCUAGAUUUUCUUGCCUUCCAUGGCGGUGGCUCGGGAGGGGGACGCGUCCGUCGCUCAUCCACCAUAACCUCAACAUCAGCUUCAUCUAGAUUCAGUUCUUCUUCCUUUGCCCCAUUCGCCAUCCUCUUAUAUUUUUCCACGAAGCUAUCCAUGCAAAGAUGUUGCUCUAACCUUCUGCCAGAAACUCCAGCCCUGCUCAUUGUCGAGACCGAACACCUCGGACACAAUUAAAGCAAUCAACGAAUGCCUUGCUCGAAUCAACCAAGACAGAUCCCAAAACGAUUAGGUCGAUGACCCCAAUCCCAAAGAAGAAACAAAAACACGAUCUGCUAUGCCGAGAUCAACAACUAACAGAAGAAAAAUCCAAACUCGCACCACGACUGAACGAUCGUGGCCAGACAAAUGCCCCUAGGCAAACCCUUGGAGGCGGCGCUCUAGAGCUCACAACCAUUAAAUUAAAUAUCUACUUUGGUACUAAUAAAGUAGAGUAGUGUAAAUUGAAAUUAACUUAUAAUUUAAUUGCUAUCAAGUCCAAUCAUUAAAAUUCACAAUUUUAGAUUUUCCCCUCAAAAUCUAACAUUUACGGAGUGUUCUGAUAUUUAAGAAAUGUUAAUGAUGAAUAGACGAAUAGUUCUAACAUUUAGGGAAUGUCCAAUUCAUUUGCGUAAACAAUGCUGCUAAGUAGAUAACUAUCUCAUCACAAAUAUUGCAUCUCACGUGCAUUAUCUACUUAAAUUACAUAAUUAAAUAGUCUUUUGUUUUCCCUAAACACAUCAUCAUUACCUAUAGCAAAUAGACCUCAUAUUAUAAAUCAAAGUGGAAAUUACCUGGGAGGACCAUUCUCUAUAAACCUCUAUCAAUAAUGUCCGUACUACCUUUUCUUUUCAUAUUUAACUUUUAUAUUUUCACUUUUGGUUUUUUAUUUCAAUUUUAGACGGUUACCUGCCAACGUUCUCCACCUAUACCAAUUUCCUUCCACCGCGAGUCUCCUCUUUCUUCCCGCUUCCUCUUUUCUUCUUCUCGAACUCAUCUUUUCUCUUUCGUCAUCUUCACGAUAAUGUCUACUGCAAAUACUCCUCGUGUUACGAGAUCUUCUCGGCUGAAUAUCGAUGGAAGAACUUCAGAUCGUCACAGUGCUUCUGCUUCCCCUGUUCGUUCUAGAAGUCCGAACUUGGCUCCUAAGAAGAGAAGAAACCAAAAUGCUCCAAAGCCUCGCAAAAAAGCGAAGGUUUCCGUCAAUGUACAAGCGAAGAACUCUGGUAAAUCUGUUAAGGAACAAAAAAAUAACAAAUAUCCUUCAACAUUUAAGGUACUUCAUCCGCUUUUGUUAUAUUUACAGUGCUUCUUCUCUUUUGCAUGUGUACUUUUUGUUCUUGUAUUUGAAUUUGUUUUUUUUUAAUUUUGUUUAUUUAAUUUUAAUUUUGUUACUUUUUUUAAAUCCAGGAGUGGCAGUAUUUUGUUCCAUCUGAAUCGUGGUUUAACAGUAGAGUUUGUACUUUUAGCAAGGAUUGCAUUUCUGUAAAUCUUAAGGCCAAGAUGACUGAUGUGCAAUUGGGAUUAUUUAGGGAAACCUGCUUUGGUAAAUUGUUGGAUUUUCAAGACCUUAAAUUGCAGCCUCAACUUGUGCAUUGUUUGCUUUUGCGAGAAAUUAGUCACAGUAUUCCCAAGGAGAUCUGGUUUGAUGUUUCUGGCUUUGGUUUGCGUUUUUCAAUUGCUGAAUUUGCCGUUGUGACUGGUUUGAAGUGUAGUGGUGAAUUUGAUACUUCUACUAUUCCUUCAUCAGAUAGUAAUUCACUUAUCAAAAAGUAUUUCAACAGUUGUUCUAAAGUUACUCGUGAAGAUAUUGAAACUUGUUUUCUUGGUCAAAAGGCUGAUUGUGAUGAAGAUACAGUUAAAAUUGGUAUUCUGUAUGUCCUUGGUCUGUUCUUCUUUACUUCAUCUAAGGAUAAGGUCAUAAGUGAAACUUAUUUGGCUAUUGUUGAUUCUGGUUUAUGGGAUUCCUAUGAUUGGGGAAAAGAUCUUUUUGAUGUGACAUUACAGAACUUGAAGGGCAGACUUUUUGGAGCAGAUGAUUCGGAAAGUGAUUAUUUCUUUUAUCGUAUUUUAGGAUUUCCUCUUGCUCUUCAGGUCUGGUUUUAUGAGUGUUGUGGUUACUGCGAUGGUGUGUUUGCUUGUAGAUCUGUUUCUACUAUUCCUCGAAUGUUGUCUUGGCAUUCUUCCAUUGCACACACUUUCAAGAAGUUGAAUAUGGAACUUCUUUCUUUAUCUGCCUCUCAGUUGAAGCUGCACAAUGUUGAACUUACUGCCCUUGAAAGUCAAUCACCUGAGUUGCAUGCUUUGUUUUCAUCUCAUCCAUUGAGGCCCCAAAAUAUGUCAUCUGUUUCAAAUGCUGGGGAGGGAACUAGUUCUUCUUUUGAUGGUGUAUUUUCGAACUCUGUUCUACAGGCUUUUGAAAACCAGCUUGACACCAAACUUCUUGCUUUCAAAGAGUUUGUUCAGGGCGAGUUUACUGAUUUAGAACACAAGCUUGACCGUGUUAUUUCACUUUCCCAUGUUCAAUCUUCCAAACACACAAAUUCUGAUUUUUUUCUCUCGUGAUAUAAAUCAACAUGUAGAAGAACCUGUAGUUACUAAUUCUGUUAGUGAUGAUGAUGUUGAUACUGCGAAAGGUCUUUCUGAUAAUGAUAAUGACUUUGAUAUUCUUUCUGCUGGUGGAGAUGUAAAUGUUGAUCUUCAUUCUGGUCAGUUAGAUGAAUCACUGAUAUCUGCUGACCCUAAUGGACAUGCCUCAGAUGAUACACAGGUUAUGGAUUGUUCCUUUUUUCAUUUUGUGUUCAUUGUUUAAUUUUGUUUCACUGUUGUUUCUCUGCUUUCUUUCUUUUUAUGAAAUUCUUUAUUUCCAUGCUUUUAAUCUCAUUGAUCCUUUCUGUUAUCAGAUUGCGGAUGAUGUUCCUGACAUGACCCGUCAUUUGCAGCAGUUGGAGUCUAAAGAUUCUGAUAUUUUCCUUCAUUUCAUAUAUGAUCUUGUGUUCUCAACAUUUAUUUAUUGCAUGUCGGCCGAGAAUGAUACUGUUUUGAUGGCUUCUGUUGAAAAUCUGGUUUUUUCUACUGUGACUGAGUUACAUUAUGCUGAAUUUGAUAAUGCUUUGAUCCACUCAUUCCAGAACAUGGUUAUUUCUACUGUUGUUGAUUUCAUGAGUACUGAAAACCAAACAAUUGACCAUACACCAACUUCUGCUUGUGAUGAUGUUGUUGAGGAUGAUGUUGUUGAGGAUGAUGUUUUCUUUGCUGAGCUUGAUUCUCUUGUUUCAGAUUUUAAAAAUUCUAAGGUUUUCACUUUGUAUUUUGUCUUGUUUCUUUUAUAUAUUCUGAUUUUAUACUUUUAUAUAUUGAAAUUCAUUUUUUAUUUUGUAGUCUUCUAGCAAUGAUCCUUAUUUAGGUUCUUCAACUGCUUUGAUAACAUUAGUUCCUUAUGUGCCAUUUUUUCCUCCCAUUUCUGUUGAGCAUACAUCUGAGUCAUUGCUUAGGAAAAAGAGGAAUGUGAAGCCGAGUACUUUUGUCAAAUCUCCUUUUGUUGCGGAGUUUGAUUCUGGAUGUGGGUCUGUCCAGCCUUCUACUGUUAAUCUUCCAUGUCCUUUUGCUGAUGAGGCAGUCUGUGUGCCACCCCUUCUAUUCUUGGUGCUUUUAACAUUUGGAUUGAUGAAGGAGCUUAUAAGCGUAAAAGAUCGAAGUUGAUGUAUCCUUCUAAAGUUGAUCAUCUCACCCCUGGAUAUGAUUUUACUGUUGCUUUUGUGGAAUCGAAGACAUGGUUCCACUCUCUUUAUUAUUUGGGACAGUUGAUCUGGACGUUUACUUGCUUUUUUAAAUAAUUUUAUUUUGAGUUCAUAUUUAUUUAUUAGUUUCUGAUUUCCUUUUUUCUUGCAGCAUUUAGAUGUGAUCUUUUAUUACUUCAGGAAGAAGGCUGAAGUUACUAAGACUUGCAAAAUCAGUUUCACAACAACUGAUACUCUUUUUAAUGUGAAUGUACUGAAAGCAUAUACUGCAACCCCAGAUAAAACAUUUUCUUGGUCCAAGUUUGCAGGUCUAUGUGAUUCUAUUGUAGGGCUUCAAUUGCCCUGUUCAAAAGCUUGGGAAGAAGUUGACCAUGUUUUAUGCCAAUUUACAUUAAGACGCAGAUGCAUUGGAUUCUAGCUAGAUUUUGUAUUAAUGAUUGGUGCAUAUAUGUUUAUAAUUCCAUGGUCAGUCCAAGGGAUAUAGCUCAUGCUACAGAUGCUGUUAAGCCAUAUACUGUGAUUCUGCCUUUGUGUUUUAGACACAUGGACCACUUUUAUAAACGUGCAAUGGAUGUUAAUAAGAACUUAGAUGUGAAAUUCAUGACUAACUUGCCUGUUCAAGAAUCAGCGUAAGAUUAUUUAUCUUAUCAUACUGAUUUUGUUUUGUACAUUAUCCCAUCUAUUACUAAUACAAAUAUUGAUUUUGAUUAUUCUUUUUUUAGUGACUGUGGGGCUUAUGUUGCUGCUUUUGCUGAAUACUUCAUUGAUGGCAUAGAGAUUCCUCCAUUUUUGGAUAUUGAGCUAUACAGAUCGAGGCUUGCCUAUUUUCUUUAUCAGUAUGGAGUGUCUAAGCUUAAUGGUGAAGUGCAGAGUGAUGGUGAUGAAGGCAAACGUAAGCGCAAGCGCAAGAAGCUGAAGAAUUAGAUAGAUGUAGUUAUGAGUAAUCUUUGUAUUGUAAACAUACUUUUGUUAAGUGGCUAUAUAUUUUUGUUUUUUUGUGGAAAUGUAAUGCUAUAUGAAAUGCUUCCUAUGAACAUCUGUUGUAUACUGAUGUCAUACACUUCAUGUAUUCUAUAUACCAAUAUAUGACUUAUAUUUUCCUUGUU